GACUGUGGCUUUGGGGUCUCAAGGAUAGAAGAGGUUGUGAGAAGGUUCCUCAGGGCCCAGGCAAAACGUGUGCAAGUUCCCUGUGGGGGAGCCCAAGAAAAGCUUGUGCCCUUGCUCCUGCCCCUGCCUUGCCCCAGAAUGAGAUGGCUUUAUGGUCACUGCUGUCCAUGACUGGAGAUAAUGACUCUGUUGCAACCAAAUGACAAGACUUGUUUCCAGUCCUAACUGUCCUGGGCUGCAGUGUCAAAGUCACCGGGGAAAUUCUCUGCUAAUAAAACCUGCUUCCCUGGUGCUGUAACUGCACCGGGCGCACAAGCGCAGAGGCACAGAUAACAGUUGGGGCUGAAGUCCACUGCAGGUCAGGUCCUCAGGAGCACGUUCCAGCCUUUCCCUCUGCUGCUCGGCCCCUCCAGCAGCCGUCAGCCUCUCAGCCCCACGCCUUCGCCUUCGCCUUUGCAGGGACUGGUGGGCUAGGAGAUGCCUGGCAGCUUGUUUCUCUGGUGGGUUAUGGUGCUCUCAGCUGGGCCUCACCCUCUCGGCCAGUCCAUCUUCAUCAACAGAUGCUCCAGCCCUGCCAGGAAGGUGUGUGACUUUGUGUGCGACUGCAGGGACUGCUCAGAUGAGAACCAGUGCGGGUACCACAAAGAAUCCGCCACGCUGGGAACUCCCUUCACCUGUGACUUUGAAGAUGGCAACUGCGGCUGGCAGGAUGUGAGCACAUCAGCCUACAAAUGGGGCCGAAACCAUGCCAGCAUCUCCACAGAGAGGACAGGGCCCCACUCAGAUCACACCCGGAGCACUAAUUUGGGCUGGUACAUGGCAGCAGAGAUGAGCAGAGGGAAGUUGGCUGUCACCACUAGGUUAAGGUCCCCUGUGAUGCGACAGGCAGCAUCCACCUGUGAGAUCCACGCAUGGUAUCACCUGUGGGGAGCAGGUUUCAACGGAACGGCCCUGCCUGCUCUGCAGAUGGAGCUGACUCAUGAAAACGAGACGGUGACGCUGUGGCAGAGCCCGGAGAGCAUCGUCUAUGCCUGGAGGGAGCUGGUUGCAUACCCAGGCCGGGUCCCAGGGGAGUUCCAGAUAACCUUCUCCUCAACACAGAGCUUCUCGCAGCUGAGAGACCUGGCCAUUGAUGACAUCGAGUUCAGGAACUGUGGCCUUCCACAACUCAUGAGCCAAGCGUGUGGGCCAGAGGAGCAGAAAUGCCAACGUGGGUCGUGUGUGGGGAAGGACCGAUUCUGUGAUGGCAGUGAUGACUGCGGAGAUGGCUCAGAUGAGUCUGAGCUAGAGUGCAAAUCCUUCAGGGUCUGCUCCUUUGAGGCAGACCUGUGUGGCUGGAAAACUGUGCCCAGUCUCCUAACCUGGAACAGGAACACUGGCCUAGAUGUAGUGACUUUGCAUGGCCAGCCCACCCGGGACCACAGCAGCAACAGCAAGGCAGGCUAUUUCCUCCAUGUUAGUUACAACCAGACAGACCUGAUGAAAAACUUGGCCAGACUGACCAGUCCAGUCUUCCAGGCGACUGGGAACAGCUCCUGCUCUCUCGUGUUCUACUCCUACCUCUAUGGCUCGGCCACCAACAGCAUCAAUAUCUACUAUGUGGCCAAUUCUACCCAGACACUGGUGCGAGGCAGGACUGGGGACCUGGGCAAUUACUGGUUCAGGGAGAAAGUGGACUUCAACGUGAACAAGGACUUUGAGAUUGUCAUUGAAGGGGUAAUUGGAAUAGGGAAGAAGGGGCACAUUGCCUUGGAUGAUCUGAUUCUGUCUCCAGACUGCAAACAGGCAGCAGGCAAGCGAGCUGUUGUUGUCCCUGAAAUCAAUAGCUCCUGUAGCCCAGAGAAGUUCGUCUGUGAAGAUGGGGAAUGCAUCAGCCAGGAGUUUGCCUGUGACUUUGCAGUGGCAUGUAAAAAUAGCGCUGAUGAGAAGUUCUGUGGAGACACUGACUUUGAGGCUGGGUCUGGGGGCUGGAGGGACGUCAGUGUGGGUCAGCUGCAGUGGGUGACCAUGAGAGCCAGCGAGGCCCUGAGCCCUGGCACAGACCAUACCACCAAUACCUCUGCAGGCAGCUACCUGGCAAUGCAGCGUGCUCCAGGCCAGAUGGUGACAGCGGCAAAGGCACGCACGCCCCCGCUGGGCCCCUCCGGCCUGGCCUGCUCCCUUGAGAUGUUCUACUGGCUCCAGAGUGACCCCCAAGGAUUCAUUGCUGUCAGCACUGUGGAUCAUUCACUGCGCAUGCACCAGCUGGUCUGGUACAUGCAGGGCAAUGGCAGCAUGGAGUGGAAAAAAGUCACCGUUCCUCUUGGAGAGAGACCCAGACCCUUCCAGGUGGAGCUCAUUGGCUUGGUGAGUCCCCAAGGCCUUGCAGUACCAAGCGUGGCAAGUGUGGCUGUCGAUGAUGUGAAGUUUGUGAACUGCAACCCUCAUGUUGUGCCCCCAGAGGCCAUAGAGCUGUCUUGCAACUUCGAGAAGGGCCUAGGUGGCUGGUACCAGGACGAGAAUGAUGACUUUGAAUGGGUGCGAGGCACCGGUCAGGGGCUGGGCUCUGACCACACCACGGGCCAUGGGUUUUUCAUGGCUAUGGAUCCUUCUGCUCAGGAGGCCCGAGGCCUCAGUGCCCGUCUCCUCACCUACCUCCUGGAUCCGGCUGCUGAAAUCCAGUGCUUCUUGUUCUGGUACCGCAUGGAUGGCCCCCAGAUUGGCACGUUGAACCUCAAGAUAAAGCAUGAUGGGGAGGCAGAGACAGUGCUCUGGACCAGAACAGGAGCACAGGGCAGUGCCUGGCACCUGGGAUCCGUAACGCUCCAUCACCAGCCCAAACAGAAAUACCAGCUGAUUUUCGAGGCUCUCCGUGAUGGGUACCUGGGGCACAUGGCCCUGGAUGACCUCUCAGUGAAGUCUGGCACCUGCAGGGCACAGGAGCACUGCUCGUUCGAGGCAAGUGCUUGUGGCUUCACUGCCAGUGGGGAGCAUUCAUGGGCAAGACAGAGCAAUGCCACCGGCACUGCAGUCACUGGCCCUUCCACCGACCACACCACAGGCACAGCCAGAGGGUACUAUAUGAUCAUCAAUACAAGCAAGAGCUCCCUGCCCCGUGCAGCCACCCUGGCCUCUGAGCUGUAUGUGCCCUUGACUCAUACCCAGUGCCUGACCUUCUGGUACCGCCUGAGCACAGACUCAGGUUCCCUGAACAUCUACAUGGAGGAACAGGGUGCACGGAGGCAGCUGUUCAGUGUGAGCUCAAUGCAGGGGGAUGCCUGGCACUAUGGCAGCGUGGCUGUCCAAGCGGAUGGGGCAUGGAAGGUGAUAUUUGAGGCGGUGGGUGCUGGCAGGGAACAGUCCUACAUUGCAUUAGAUGAUCUUCACCUGAAGGAUGGUAGCUGCCCGGAACCAGGUUCCUGUGACUUUGAGUUGGACACUUGUGGCUGGAGAACCUCCUCUGACCCCCAUCUGCAUGGCUUUGCCUGGGGCUGGAAGAGUGGGGCCAGCCCCUCAAAGUACCCAGGCCCCCAGGAGGACCACACGCUGGGCACCAAGGAAGGGCACUACACCUACUUUGAUGCCAGUGUGCUGGGCCCCGGGGGGAGCAGGGCCUUGCUGGUGAGCGAGCACCUGCCUGCUACCACGGGUGCCUGCCUCCAGUUCUGGUAUCACAUGGACUUCCUGGCACAUUUCUACAGCGGAGAGCUGAGGGUGAAGCUGUACAGCCCGGCAGGGCAGCUAAUGGUGUGGAGCACUGGAGGGCACCAGGGGCAAGGCUGGAAGAACAGGAUGAUCCCCCUGCAGAGCCCUGAGGAGUUCCAGAUUGUCUUUGAAGUGACUAAUGGAGCGUGGCCGAUCGGAGGGACCAUUGCCCUGGAUGAUGUCAAGUACAGGGAUGGGCAGGGUUGUGAUUUGGACCAGAUGCUCCCAGUGGAAGACAAGUCUUCUACCAAAAGCGUUUUAGCAGCAGUGGCAGCUGGCAGCAUCCUGGCCCUCACGGUCUUGAUUGCAUUAGCAGUGAGUCUACGCUAUUGGCUGAAGAAGAGUGCGUCUGUGAGUAGGACAGAGAACAGCAUCACCAGCCCAGGCUUUGACAACAUCACUUUCAGCGAUGAUAGCAUCACUAUAUCCCAUACGGCAUAAGGAAGGGGAAGAGAUGAACGAUUAAGCCAGUACUACCAGCUACUUGCCUGGUCUAGCCUCACACUCCUUUGAUUUCCAAGGCUGCUCUUGAACCUGAAGCAUUAUGCACACUGAAUUAAAUAGGAGCCACAUAUACUUGUCUCAGCUGCAGGGAAGUAGACAAGCACUGUAUUCUUCCCUGCCUUUUUGAACUGGGGAAGAACAUGACAACAAUGUUGUCCUGUAUAAAGUGGAUUUUCUGUAGCACAAUGAAGUAUUCUGCCAGUGUUGAUCAGCGUCUGUUACAGUAUUUGCUAAUGUGAAGAUCAAAAUUCCUCUAAACUAAAUCAGGACAUGCAUAAACAUCUUAUGUUUUUAUGGGUGGCUGGAUCUAUGCAGGUGUGAAUACAUGUUCAUUUCAUCUACACAGUUAUAAUGUGUUUGUUUUGGAGUAA